CCCAGCCUGGGCAAGGGGCAGUUGGUGAACCUGCUGCUUCCAGAGUCCCUUCACCUGGUGUGGAUGCAGCCAGGAACCCAGGAUGCUCCAGACCUGCCGCGCGCUCUGUUCUCAAGCCGGUCCCCCCUCCAGGAGCUGUCCACCCCUGAAAUUUGAUGGCGGCGCCUUCCAACUCAAGCACACGAAAGAGCUGACACGGGCCUUGCUGGUUCUCCGGCUGUGUGCCUGGCCCCCACUAGUCACCCACGGGUUGGCGCUCCAGGCCUGGUCUCAGCGACUCCUGGGCUCCCGGCUCUCGGGCGCGUUUCUCCGAGCAUCCUUCUACGGGCAGUUUGUGGCCGGUGAGACAGCAGAGGAGGUGAGGGACUGCGUGCAGCAGCUUCGGACCCUCGGCCUCCGGCCGCUGCUGGCAGUGCCCACUGAGGAGGAGCCGGACUCCACUGCCAAGACUGGUGAGGCCUGCUACGAGGGGAACCUCGGUGUUAUGCUGCGGGGUGUGGACCUGUCACGGAGUCUCCUGGAGCCCCUCAGCCAGCCCAGCUUCAUGCAGCUGAAGGUGACGGCGCUGACCAGCACUCGGCUCUGUAAGGAGCUAACCUCAUGGGUCAGAAGGCCAGGGGCCUCCUUGGAGCUGAGCCCUGAGAGGCUGGCCGAAGCCAUGGACUCUGGGCAGAGCCUCCAGGUUUCCUGUCUCAAUGCGGAGCAGAACCAGCACCUCCAGGCCUCCCUCAGCCGCUUGCACCGGGUGGCACAGCAUGCCCGGGCCCGGCACGUGCGGCUCCUGGUGGAUGCAGAGUACACCUCACUGAACCCCGCACUCUCACUGCUUGUGGCUGCCCUGGCCAUGCGCUGGAACAGCCCGGGGGAAGGCGGGCCCUGGGUGUGGAACACCUACCAGGCCUAUCUAAAGGACACACUUGAGCGGCUGGAGCGGGACACAGAGGCCGCGCACAGGGCUGGCCUGGCCUUCGGAGUGAAGCUGGUACGGGGUGCGUAUCUGGACAAGGAGAGAGCAGUGGCCCGGCUCCAAGGGACCGAAGACCCCACUCAGCCUGACUAUGAGGCCACCAGUCGGAGUUACAGCCGCUGCCUGGAACUGAUGCUGACGCAUGUGGCCCGCCAUAGCCCUAUGUGCCACCUCAUGGUGGCUUCCCACAAUGAGGAAUCUGUUCGCCAAGCAACCAAGUGCAUGUGGGAGCUGGGCAUUCCUCUGGACGGGCCUGUCUGUUUCGGACAACUUCUGGGCAUGUGUGACCACGUCUCUCUGGCACUAGGUGUCCAGGUGGAUGGGGAAAACUCCGAGGGGCAGACGGCGCUCUUCCUGUCAGCGCUGCUGGGCCACAGCUCUGCCGUGCAGCUCCUGCUGACCUUUGGAGCCAACCCCAACCACCGCUGCCUGGAUGGCAGCACACCUACACAUGCAGGCGCCUUCUCUGGCCGAAGCCUGGUCAUGGUGCCCCUGCUGCAGGCGGGGGGUGACUUGCGACUGCAUGACCAGCGGGGUCGCACCCCCCGAGACUGGGCUGAGCAGGGUGGGGCCCAGCAGAACUGGGAGGUGCUGGAGCUGUUCCAGCUCUGCGGGGCCCACAUAUCAGCCUUACUGCAUGGUGGUGAGUUGCCACCCAUGGCAUCUCUGGGCCAGUUGCAGGCCAGAUCUGGGAACAGCCCGCCUGACUCCCUGUCCUCCCUGAGGCUGAUGCCGGCAGACAGGGCGCUGAGACUAGCGCAGAUCAGGAGAGCCCCCCAGGUUCCGGCCUUGGGGUUCGGUCAGCUGAGUAGCCUGUGGCCGCUGGGGCUGGUAACGGGCAUCCCCCUUGCGGACCCCAAAGAGCUGCUGGCAGCCCAGGGAGAGGCCGACCGCACCUACGAGAGCAGCUCCCACACCCUCAUGGCCAACCUCCUGUGGAGGGGCCACCCCGUGACCGUGCGGCAGCUGAAGUCCCCUGGAACCCAGCCUGAUGUGCUGCUGGCUGACCUUCAGCACUGCAGGCCCGCUGGCGAGCUCACGGUGGCCUCAGCUCCCAUGCUGUGCAGCUGGUGCGGCCAGGCCUGGCUAAAGUGGCCCACCUGGAGCACGGGCGCCCCCUGCACCAGCGCUGGCUGCGGCCCAGGCCACAGCAGGGCUACCCGUGGGGAGGCCCAGGCCCAGGGCUUCCCCCACCCCCUGAACUGUACCCGUGGCUGCCACUUGAGCUGAUCUGCAGUGACAUUCCCACCACCACCUCGGAC